UUAUUUUCAGCGCCGUACCCUGUGCUUGAAUGUUUUCGUAACCAAAAUUUUUACCGCAUUGCAUCUGCACAUAAAGUGUUUGAUAAAAUCACUCACCGAAUCAAGUUUGAGCUGAGUCGAUUCCGCACCUCAAAACUCAAAACAAUGCAACGGUUAACGUCAAGAGUCACUGCAACCACGAAAGUUUGCUCGUUGCUGAGAACUAUCCUCCUUAAUGAACCACCAUCUUCUUCUUGGCUUCCAAGCCGCUGCUUCUCUACUUUCUCUUUGCAGCAACGGGUUGAAACCCCAGAAAAAGUAUCGAUUCCAGGAGAUUUAUUGAAAUGGGGUUCGCUUGGGUUUUGCAGGACUUCGAGAUUUGCAUCGAUUUGAACAGAGCAAAGAACCGUUCACCUGACGACCUUGCUUCUAUUUGGGAUGAUUAUCACUUGGGAAGAGGUCGUAUUGGGUUGACCAUGAAGGCAAAACUUUACCGUUUGCUGGAACAAAGAAGCUCGGAUUGCCGCUAUUUUGUCGUUCCUUUGUGGAGAGGAAGUGGUUAUACAACAAUGUUUGCUCAAGUGCAAUUGCCGUACAUGCUUUUCACCGGUCUUGAAGAUUACAAAGCAAGAGGAACCCAAGCAUCUCCUUACUUCACUGCAACCUUUUACACAGACUUUGCCGAAAGCAAGGACUUGAUACUUAUUCGUGGAGAUAUUGUUUUCACCAACAAGCUUACUGAUGAGGAAGCAACGUGGCUCCUGGAAACCACUCAAUCUUUUUAUCUGAAUGAUGUGAGGUACAAGCUGGUUGAAUGUUUCAAUAAAGAGCCGCGUGAUUUUGAGUUCAAGGAUGUGUUACAAGCUUUAGACAUGCCUAUCCUUUAACUUAAAAUAAUAGUUCCUGAACUGCAAUGCUUCAUUCUGAAGAAGUAUGAAACAAUAAUGUUUCCAACAAAUGUCAUGCUUGACGGUUUCUUGUUUCAUUUUCAAGAAAAUAUUUAAAUCCUCCACUGUAGAGAGGAUGGUCUU